UAUAAACACCGCCGGGAGUUUCCGAAAAAUCACAUUCAGCCGUCCAGACUGAACAAUGGUUAUCAUGAGCUAUCACCAAUUUUUACUAAAAUAUCCACAUUCGAGUUCAAGACAGUCGAGAAGGCGAGCAAAUAGAAGAAAAAGGAAUUAUAGAGACGAACUUUCUCCUACAAAUCUGCAGACUUGAUUAACAGAGACUUUCCAAAGCAGGUCCAGUGUGAACCGUGUGGCCGAGUAUCUGUGCGUUGCGAUUGACUGGGGAGAUGACUGCCGAGUGGCUACACCUGCCCCCGCCGUACCCCCCUGGCGUGGGGCCGUUGUGUGGUGCAGAGUUGGAGGCGUGGUAUGAGGACCUGCAGGAUAUUCUGGGCUCUGACACGGGAGGGGCAAAACUGGCGCGUGCCCCCACAUGCACCGAGAAAGAGCCAGAGUUUCUGGAUGUUCUGGAGAGUUGCUCUUUGACAUGGCUGACAGACGGAAACCAGACGUGGGGUGAAGGUGCUCAGAGGGCAACAGAGGAAGUCCAUAACCCACAGCCUCUGCAUCACAUCUCCUCCUCAUCAUCCUCUUCUUCCUCCUCCUGCAUGAGUCCAGCAGUUGCAGAGGAGCGGCGGACAGAGGCUGAAAGUGGUAGAAGUGGAGAUACCUCGACAGGAGGCGGCAGUGAUCUGCUGCCUCCAGAGUUCUUCGAAUUGCUGAGCGAAGGAGGAGUGGGAAUGGUGGAUCCAAGUGGAGUGGUGAUCAGCGGCGGCUAUUAUUACCACCACCAUCAACACCACCAGGCUAAUAAUAUCGUCCAUCCUGCGUCUCCCUCGGCCAGCGAGGAGGAACUGACCUGUGUCCCCGAUUCCCCGUCCUGCUCCUCCUCAGCUUCCCAGUCGCCAUCUCAAAAUUGUUCUUCUCCUUCCUCACCCGUCUCCUCUCCUUCUGCCUACCCAUCCUCCCGCCUCGGGAAACGGAAAAGGACCACCAGCGAGCGGGCCAAUGGUGCCUUGUCCUCCUACGCCUCCUCUUCCCAACGAUCAUCCUCAUCCUACACGUCUGCCAAAAAGAGUCGCAAAGAAAGAGAGCAAGAGAACGAGAGGAAGGUGCAGGAGCUGACGGAUCAGAAUGAGCGUUUGAAAGCAGAGAUUGAAAGGCUGGGAGAGGAGGUACAGAGGACACGUCGAGCCCUGAUAGAGAGACUAGUAAACACCAGGAAAUGAAAGAGAGGAUGAAGAAAGAAAUGAAAGAUUACAGGUCCUACAAAAUUGGAAUAAGCAAUGGUGGGGAAAGUUGUAACAUGGUGGUCAUGAAAUGCCUCUUAGACAGGAAAGGAUUGAAACCAAAGAUAUUUUAUAAGCGAGAGGAUUUUUGGAAAAGACAGAGAGCUUAAGAUGGCAAGAAUUAGGGAAGUGAUGAAAGUCAAGACAAGAGAGAGCACAGAGAGAAGGGGCUGCAACAGCACUGCGGCAACAAAAAGACACAGCAUGUACAAAGAAAAGGAAGAACAGACAGCUCAAAGUGCGAAUGAUACAGAGGUUUUGAUGAAUGUUUGUCAUUUUUUAAGGAUGCCUAACUCUGAAGAUCCAUCAAUUAUGAUGGCAGAGAAAACGGUUCUGAGAUAUGUGAGACAGAAAGAAACAAAGAGUGCAUUUCAUCGUCAUCCCUUCCCACCAUUUUGCAAUAAUUGUAAUUCCUACAUUAAGGGCUGCAAUCUGGCUAGCAGAGAUUAUUCGUCCCAAUUUAUGGAGAGUUAAGGAGCUCAGGAAAAGUUUGAAAGUGCCCAGUGCAGUGUGAGUACGAGAGAAUGAUUUUUUUCAGAGAAUUCAUACUCUUUCUUACUUUUUUAUAAACAGUGGCUUGUAUUUGUAUUUAGAUAAAGUAAGUAGAACCCGGCUAUACUUUCUAAGCUGACCUUUUCUAUCAAUAACGGGGAUUUGUAGUCGAAUUACCACAAAUUAUUCUACCCUGAUUAACUAUUUUUAUAUUCCACUGUAAUAAAUAUAUAUAAAUGUAUACUAUUGUACUGUAAUGGCGUGUACUGUAGAUGCCAACAUAUCCUGUUACUUUCUCAUUGUAGUCACACAAACACAAAUUGUUAUCUGUAGAAUAAUAUGCAUGGCUUUUAUCAUCAAUGUAUUUUACCAUACCUCUUAUUUUACCUUUCAUUGUAAUCCCAAAUUUGCAAUAAAAGAAAAAAACUGUGCAA